GUAAUGUACCCAAGCGACCAACACAUGUGCUUGUUUUGAGGUCAAACGGUUGAAGUUGGCAAUUCCAUGGCUUGUUACCGCUUGCUUCCUCCGCUCACUCGCAGGCUUGCUCACCUCCACACCUUAACAGAAGUUGUCAGUAACAAAUCUAUAUCAUGUCAGCUGUCCACUCAAAUAUCUGCAUUACCUGUUAUCACAGCCAGACAUAUUCUACCAAACAGAUUGAGUUCUUGUUUGAUAAAUACAAAAUUACAGCAAGAUUCUGUUUCUCAGGAAAGAAGGUCAGCUAGUACAGGUUGGUUACUAAAAGUACGGCAGAAACUUGGUUUGUCUUCAAAAAUGAGAUAUCCUAAAUAUAGAUUAGCAAGAUCGUCUUAUAGUAUGUAUAUGUGUUCUACAGAAAUUCCUGAUUAUAUAGAAAUGAUUCAUGACUUCCAAUUAGAGGAUACAUAUCUAUCAUGGUUCUUACUCUCAGAACUACAUGUUUGGUUGAUUUUAGUACGACUAUCACAAGCUCAGCUUGAAGGAGAAUUUGUCCGUAAAAACUUUGUCAAAGCAUUCUGGACUGAUGUGAAAAAACGAACUAGUAAAGUUGGAGGAGGAAUUUCACAAAAUCAAGAAGCCAUGCAUGAGCUUGUAUUUCACUUUAAUGCUGCCUUAUUUUCAUAUGAUGAGGGUUUGAUGUCAAGUGACACACUGCUUGCCAGUGCACUCUGGAGAAACCUGUUUGCAUCAAAGUAUACCGAGCCUCAGAACCUUGAACUUGCAGUGCAGUAUGUCAGAAAACAGGUCAAACAUCUAGAAAGCCAAUCUGAUGACAGUAUAUUAUAUAAUGGACUGGUCUCCUUUUUGCCGCUUCAUUCAGAUAAAGAAGAGACAGCGAGAAUAAAGUCUUUAUGGAAGAAAAUAUACGAGACUGAUAUAUUAAUACCUAAAUAAAAUGUUUAUUUAAAGAG